AGUACGACGCAGACGCAUACCGGCCGACAUUCGCGUCAGAGCCGUCCCGGCCGACCUUCGCGGCCGAGCACUAUCGCCCAACCUGCGCGUCCGAGCCUCGACCAACCUUCCACGAAGGCCACGGCAGCUUGCAGCCGCGCCAGUCGCUGCCGACCGAGAUGCGCUUGCCGCAGCCGUUCAUGCUCUACGACGAACUCACGGCGUCCACGUACAGCACGCCGUCCGCGGCCACCGACUACAGCCUCGAAGACAGUUAUGCCUCCGAGUUUGAGUUUUAGUUUUCCUUCCUGUCCUUCGCUAGCAGUAGCUCACCGUAGUAUUUAUUAG